AUGUCAACAACAGAGAACACAACAACUGCUAUCGUUCAUGAAGCCAUAGAUGAAGAAUACGAGUGGGUUCAGUAUAACAAACAGUUACGUCUCAUUCGUUCGGUCAAAGACGAUAUGUACCAAAUGCAAAGUAUUUUGACAGCAUGUUUUGCGCCAGAUACCAAGCUUCCUAAAGACUGGUUUAGGAACCAAAGCACUAUUGAACUAUUAAAUGAAGCUGAAAAUUCGACUACGGAUUUUCUCGUAGUCGCAAAAACUCGAGUGGGAGAAAAACCCCAGUCGCCAAAACUCUAUGAAAACAGUGAAGAACAGCGAGUGGGAGAAAAACCGCAGUCGCCAAAACUCUAUGAAAAUCGUGAAAAAUUGCCAAAUGGUUUGAGAGGUUGGUAUGUACAUAGACUUCUUGUAAAUGCUGUUGCAAUGUGGGCUUCACCUCGUUAUGCUUGGUAUAUUUACAGACUUCUUGACGAAAUUCAUAGACAAGAACGUGAAGAGAUGGAAAAGAAACUUCAAGCAAAAGAUGAAGUCAUUGAAUCCAAAGACAAAAACAUACAGAAAAGAAUACCACGUUCG